AUGCCGCCCAAGCCAGCUCCUUCUAAGAAGGUCGACGCUAAGAAGAAAGAAAAGGUCAUCGAAGACAAAACGUUUGGCCUGAAGAACAAGAAGGGCGCCAAGCAGCAAAAGUUUGUGCAACAAGUCACGAAUCAGGUGAAGCAAACGUCCGUUGCGAAACAACAGGAAUUGUUGAAGAAAAAGGCCAAGGACGACGAGCUUGAUGAUCUCAACAAGCUUCUGAAGCCCGUGGCCACUCAACAAGUUGCCAAAGAUGUCGAUCCGAAAUCGAUCUUGUGUCUCUUCUUCAAACAAGGGAUGUGUCAGAAGGGCAACAAGUGCAAGUGGAGUCACGAUUUGGCGAUCGAGCAAAAGGUCGUGAAGCGAAAUCUCUAUGUUGACUCGCGUGAUCUCAAAGAAGGAGAAACUGAAAAUAUGGACGACUGGGACGAAGAGAAGCUUGCUGAUGUCGCAGAGCAAAAGCACGGCGAAGCAGAUAGGAAACGGCCAAACCAGACUGACAUCGUCUGCAAAUAUUUCAUCGAAGCCGUGGAGAACUCGAAAUACGGGUGGUUCUGGCAGUGUCCAAACGGGGCGACCUGUAUAUACCGACAUGCUCUCCCUCCAGGCUACAUCUUGAGAAAGGACCGUAAGACGUUAGAAGACUUGAAGAAACAGGACGAAGUCUCACUUGAAGAAUUGAUUGAAAAAGAGCGGUCCGCGCUUAGCUCGAAGAAUCUGACCAAAGUGACCUUACAAACGUUUAUCGCCUGGAAGAAGCGGAAGUUGCGCGAAAAGAAGAAGGCUGAUGAAGAAGCGGAAAAGGCGAAACAAGCUAAGGCCAAGAUGGGCAAACACGGCGGCAUGUCCGGGCGUGAUCUCUUCACGUACAAUCCCGACCUCAUCCAAGAUGACGACGAAGCAGACGACGUCGCUUAUGAGCGCGAGAUUGAAGAGGGAGACGAGAAUGCCGGCCCCGUCUUCGAGAUCGAUGAGAACACUUUCUUCGGGGUGGACGGCAUGGAUGUGGAUGGUGCGGAUGAGCCUGGACCCAGUGAAACCGCCGAUGGAGUCGCGAAAAUGUCAAUCGACGCCGACCUGUUUGACGCCGACGGUGUUGACGAGCUCGAUAGCGAUUCUGACGAGGAAGAU